AUUACUCAUCUAACUCCAAAGGUGGUGGGGAUCGUACAAUUUUGAUUUAAGAUAAUUUUAAAUUAAUUAUUUAUAUUUUGUGUGAUAAAGUACUACAUAUUGUAUCCCAGUUGUUCAACAUGUCAAACAAUAAUAGUUACAGAACUGUAUAUGCAUUCGCCAGAGAAAUGUAUCCCAAGAAAAAGGACUCUUUUUUGCAAUAUGGGACAGCAGGUUUUAGAACAAAGGCUACUGAACUGCACCAUGUGAUGUACAGAAUGGGUUUACUUGCUGUACUCAGAGCAAGGUACAAAAAAGCUGUAGUAGGUGUAAUGAUCACUGCUUCUCACAACCCCGAGGCAGAUAAUGGGGUAAAAAUAGUCGACCCUCAUGGCGAAAUGCUUGAAGAAACCUGGGAGACUUGGGCUACAAAGUUCGCAAAUGUUGUUGACGAAAAAUUAGAAGACACAAUCAAUGAACUUAUCAAACUCUUCAACAUCGAUAACAUGGGCGACAGGGUGGAGGUAGUUAUAGGAAAAGACACGCGACCCAGUAGUCCCACAUUGGCGAAAGCCGUCCAAGAUGGAGUACUAGCAUUGUCGGGGAAACCAGUAGAUUAUGGUAUUGUCACAACGCCUCAGGUCCAUUAUUUUGUAGUUUGUAAGAAUACUAAUAGAGCUUAUGGUCAACCCACAGAAGAAGGGUACUACAGAAAACUGAUAAACGCUUUUCUAAGGAUAAGAGGUGAUAAGUAUAAUAAAGACAAUUACGAUAAUAGAGUGAUAUAUGAUGGUGCUAAUGGUGUAGGUGCUAAGAAGGUAAAAUAUUUAAGGGAGGUUUUGAAAGAUAGUCUUCUUGUCGAAAUGUACAAUGAUGAAAUAAUUGGAUCAGGGAAACUAAAUCAUUUGUGUGGUGCAGACUACGUCAAGUCUCAGCAAAAAUUUCCUAAUGGUCUUCCCAAAGAGAAAAAUGUUCGUUGUUGUUCUGUAGAUGGCGACGCCGAUCGUAUUGUGUAUUAUUACCUUGACGAUAAUGAAAAAUUCCAUCUCUUAGACGGUGAUAAAAUAGCUACCUUGGCUGCUGCUUAUCUUAAGGAAAUCUUGCAAAAGACUGGUUUGAAAUUGAAAAUAGGGUUAGUUCAGACCGCGUACGCUAACGGAGCGUCGACUGAAUACAUAUCUAAAAAUUUAAACGUACCUGUAGCUUGUGCACCCACAGGAGUGAAACAUUUACAUAAACUAGCUUUAACUUAUGAUAUUGGUGUAUAUUUUGAAGCAAAUGGACACGGUACUGUUGUGUUUAGUAAUGAGGCGAAAAAAACUCUGGUUGCUGCUAUGAAAAGUGAUAGUUUAUCUAGUGAACAAAAAGCGGCAUGCAAUAAACUUUUAAAUUUGAUAGAUUUAAUUAACGAGACUGUAGGUGAUGCAAUAUCCGAUAUGUUAUUGGUAGAAACGAUACUUCACGAAAGAGGAUGGAACAUUAGGCAGUGGGAAGAAUGUUACACAGAUUUACCUAAUAGAUUGAUGAAAGUUACAGUUAAGGACCGCACUGUUGUAACCACAACGGACGCAGAACGAAUAUGUGUCUCUCCAGAUGGACUCCAAGAUGAAGUAAAUUCGAUAGUGUCUAAAUAUUCCAAAGCAAGAUCCUUUAUUAGAGCUUCGGGUACAGAAGAUAUAGUUCGAGUGUAUGCCGAAGCAGCGACUAAAGAAGAAGUCGACAAAUUAGCAAACGAGGUUGUUAAAAAGGUGUACGAAUUUGCGGGCGGUAUAGGACCGAUACCUGAGAUACCUAAUUGAAACGAUUUAGGUAUAUAUAAGGUGUCCCAGAUUUGAAUGGCAAUCAGUUUGUGUAUAAUAAGCUAUUGAUAUUUAAAAGAAACAAGAGGGUACUUUUUUGAUGAAAGGUAAAAAAAUAAUAUUGAUUGGAUUAACUUUUAACCUAAUAUUCAUGAGAACAUUAAUUUGACUCAACAGAGAUUACCUUGACUCACAAGAAUGGUCAAAGUUAUGAUCACUAUCGUCUUUUCUUACUUUUGCGUAAUUUUCACCGCUUAUGCAUUAGGCCACCGUUUUCACUCGACGAAGUAUUCGGUGUGUGGCCUAGAUACAUAUUCUUUGAAAUUAAAAACACAAUGCCAAAUCCCCUCCAUAUUAUUAUUUACAUUUCUAUAUUUUUACCUUUUAUCUUUCUAGUUUUUUAUUAAGAAAUCAUUGAUUUUAUAUUUUUCCAUUUUGGAAGUAGGAUUUUUCACAUUUAAAAAUCACUAGUUUUUAUUAUAUAUUUCUUAAUUCACAAAUACAAGCUUUUCGAUUGUGCUGAACUGUACAAACUAAAAUUGCUGUAUCUAUUGACGUAUAAACGACGCAACCCAAAUGUGAAAGAAUUUUAGUUGUCAUGGGAUUUUUAUUGAAAUUGAUUCCUGUAAAUCUGGCUUUGGCCAGUGACGUUACAAAUAAUAUUAAGGGCAAAAUAUAUUACUUUUAUGUUUUUAAAAUUGUAUUAAACAAUAUAAGCAGAGCCAUUUGUUGCCACAACACUUUCCGAUUUCUUCCAAUCGUGGCAUGUCACAAUAUUAAAUGUCACAUGUUUUCAUAAAUGUUUAAUUUUUAACUCUUUCCUAGUAAACUUACCUUAGUCCACGGUUUACUGGCUAAAGUGAGAAGGCUCAAAGAGUUUUUAAUGGGUGUUUAAGUCAUCUGUUUCGGUAGUCAUGGCAAAACAUUUAUGAUGUUCUGACUUACUCUCUUAAUUAUUCAAGCUGUGAACUACUAACGGAUUUACGAGUUUACCAAACUCAACUCAUUCCUUAGAUGUUAAAUUCUCAGCUUUUAACCGCCUAUUAACGUUCCAGCACAUUUCAUUGUAAUCUAUACUCAACUAAGCGCCGAUGAGUAAGCUACAAGAAACUUUGAAAGUCAAUGUGUAGCUUACAACCAACGAUCUCACUGAUACUAACCAGCUCAGAAGUUCUCAGAGGUAAAUUCGACCUUCACCAAGAGAUACAGUACCAAAUUGUAACAAAAUAAUUCAAGAAAUAUAGUGAACAAAAUACAAGAGGUGCCUUACGUCGAGAUCAUCGGUAGUUAAUUAGUAACAAUAUAAAAAGUAAAUUUGGUAAUUAACAAUAAAAUAAAAGUGAAAUCAAAUAGAAAUAUAGCAAAUAAUAGUCAGUUGAGAAUUCUCCGAUAGGAAGUUGUUGUCUUCUAAUUUCAACAUGAGAUAAAGCUCGUAGUUUACUGGACAUUGUGGAUAUAGAUAUUCUUAUAUUGAGGUCUAACCGUACUAAUCCCGUAUUGUCAUGGAUCCCAGAAGUAUAUGGUGAAACAAAGCUUCCUUGUUAUGAAUUUGGAAUGUUUUUUCAUUGGAGAAGACCACAUUUUUUUUAUAACUCCUAUCGAUGGAUGGAAUUCAUUUGCACUCUGCUCUACUGCGCUUGUUUUCAAUGAAUUUGAGCUGUUCUGAGAGAUCUUGGGAAUAAUUUUUCUACUCGUGCUUUCACAGCGUUUUAAAUCGAUUUUUAGGAAUAUAUUCUACGAGAACCUUAUCAUUUUCAUUAGAGAAUUUCCGUAUAUCUUGAAUUAACGAUUUCGGAAUUCUUUUUGUUUUUGCCAGCGUUUAUUAACGUAAAUAAUGUAACGUUACUGACAUUUUGUUUUAGCCCUUGACUUUUUGAGCCUCCGUUAAAUGUUAUGACUUGAAAGGGAAGUGUAAAUUUGAGUAAAACGGAAAAUAUUAAGUAUAUUUCUAACAGUUGUUUUUAAAACUUCCUGUUUAGUCACCUCGUAAAAUGUAUAAGUAUAGAAAAAUACACCUUUUGUAAAUAUUCAUUUAUCAAUAAUUUGCUAGUAAUUUGACGAGCUUGAGAAAUAUUUUUUGUAUUUAUCGUCAAUUAGUGAAUAUUAUAUAUGCCUUCCUAUAUCUAUAUAUGUAUAUGCAUAAAAAAAAUUGCACAGUAUUUUUGAAAAUAAGAACAAUAAGUGAGAGCUUGGCCUAAAAGUAUGUGAAGUCCCUGAUAAAAAAUAUUUUUCGUAAAAGUCAGGAAAAUCCCAAUUUGUGGAAAGAAAUUAAAAAGCUGUAGUCCCUUGAAAAAUUACAGUUUUUCCUUUUCAUAUUUUUUCCUAUAAAAAAACACUGUUCAUAUACAGGGCCAUUUUAUAUUUUUAUGUUCAUUAUAUCUAUAUCUUAUCGUAUUCCCAAUGAUUUUUGUAAAUCAGCAGAUGUUUUACUCACUUAAAUAUCAGCACCAUAAUAAUACAAUAGAUAAUACAGCAAUACUCUUGCCAAUAUCACAUUUUUGCAGUAGUGAAUACACUUGCCUUAAUAGAAUAAAUUUAAUAUGUUUUUAUGGAUAUAUAUUAGAUCCUUUGACAUUUAACCUUCUACAUAAACCUUUAAAUUGCCACAGAAAAAUAUACGACCUUGACCUCAUAGUUCAUAUAAUCCACAAUGUUUUAUGAAAACUUAAAACGCCGAGAGCGAUGUGGUGAACAUAUUCCAUCAAUGAAAGUACGCUUAUUUAAAGUAGCUGAUUGUAGGAUUGUCUGGUUCAUAAAUAUGUAGAGAUGUUUAAAUUAUAUUUUUUUAAUAAAGCAUAUUAAAAAAUUAUAAUUUAAAAAAAAUCUGUUUUUUAUAGCUACGGGCCCUCUUAUAUGUCGCGUUAGUAUCGGCCCAACUGGACAAUGGCACUACCAGGGAGUAAAUUAUACGAACAACAUUGCCGUUAGCGAAUUCGCGUUAUCCCGACGUCAAGCGUUGCUAGCGCCGCCGGUGGCGUUCGUACCGCACAGUUUGUAACAAAAAUAGAAAUGGGCGUUUAAUGCCAAUGUAACAAGAGUAUACAAGUAUACAAAUAGUAUACUGUAAUAAGGUACAAAUUAUUGUGUACAACCCAAUUUGAAUGUACACAAUAAUUUACGACUCCUUCGUAAAGGGCAUAUGCUAAAUCGUACGUGUUCAGUUUUUUGUAUUCCAUCACUGUAUAUGUUAAAUAUCUGUGUAAUUCCAAUAUCGUGCUACUUAAAUUGUCAAUAACUACUUAUUAGUGUGAUGCAAAUGUAUGCAGUUAUUGACAUGUUCAAUUGAGAUUGAAAUCAACAGCUUGAUUGAUUUAUUCACGAAUUAAAUCUCUACACUACUCAUGUACUCAGCUGGAUUACCGACAUAAAAAAAACAUCAAAAUUAUAACAAAGUGUACUGGAAAUAUCACACUCACUUGACAUAAUGAAUCAGUAUUUAAUUCUCAACUCUUGCUUUAUAUUUGUCGGAUUGUACAAGUCGAUGAACAUCUUACAGUACAAUAAUAUGUACCUAUGUACACUUUAUUAUAUUCUUAUUAAUUAUUAACUUUGAUAUGCCAUUAGGAAUUAUUGAUUUUUGCACAAUGAAUUCAUUUUAAACUGAUUCGUUUAAAUAAAUGAAGGUUCAUUAAUAUUUAUUUUAUUUAUUUUAUAGAAUAAAAAUUUCAUUUAUAAUUUUUAUUAUAUUAGCGCGUUUUAUAUAUAUGACCAAAAGUGUUAUUGUACUCUGAUAUUUAGCAAAAUAUCGUAUAAUUUUAUGUAGUAUUUAUUACAUUUUAUUUUCAACCGGAUAUACGUAUAUUUAAGCUAAAUUAUCUAAGUUUUAAAGGUAGUGAGUUUAAACAUCUUUGUAGAUUGCGUGAGGUCUUAUAGGCUAUUUAGCUUUUUGCACUUCAAUUUGUGAAUCUGUACAUCCCUACGAUUCUUCACGAUUUAACCUAAAUUAGUACAUAUAAUCUAACCUGUUUUAUAACUAGAUAUUUCCAUAUCAGUAAAGAGGCGCAAAUUGUGUAGCAGUUAGUUAAAUACCUACAAGAUGUAGACAUAUGUGGAUUUAAAAGCUAAAAUUUAAUUUAUUUUUUUAACCUGUAGGUACAUUGCAUUUACUAAAAUAUAUAAAGUUCUCUACCUUUAAAAGGAUGUAAAGUUCUUCUUAUACAUUUAUUUAUAUUUAUUAUUUGCUCCAGCUUUUGAAUAAAUAUUGUUAAUCAUGUAAAUAUUUACAUAUAAACCAUUUUGAAAUAUUUAAAUAACACAAAGUGUUAAGAUGUAUUUAUAGACUUUGUAAUGAUUUUUCUGAAUUUGUUAUAUUGAUUAUAUAUUGUUUAUAACCCUAUUUUAAGAGUUUUAUUAUUUUUUAUUUAUUCUAUGAUACUGAGUGUCUACGACGAUUUGUUCACUUAUAAAUCUUAUAUAAUUCAAACGAAAGUUUUAAAAAACAAAAAAAUCUUCGUCAUAUUCUCUGUUCCACUGAUUUAAAUAAAGGCAAUAUACAGUAUUGCAGGUAAUUUUUGAAUUUAGUGUACAUAUUUUUGCAUGGUCUAUGAUUAUCAUUAAAAACACAGAACUACUGAUAUUAAAUUACAUAGUACAGCUCCUUUUCAUUUAGUCAUUCAGAAUGGACGUUAAACUAUAGGUGUCCUAUAUAUGUGUACACUUAAUGAUACACAACAUACAUAUAUGCAGCUCAGCGGCUUCGGUAUUCGUAUAUUGGAUAUUGUAAUAAAAGAUUAAGAAAACCAGUAACAAUAGAAGAUUUUCUAACUAAAAAAUCAUAUUCAUCAUCAUCAUUCUGGCAAUAAAACCCGACGUGGGUCCUACCCUCCUCAAGAAUUUCUCUCUAUAAACCCAGGUGUACAAAUUCGUUCACUGCUUCGAUGACGUCGUGUUCUAUAACAAGUGGUCGUAGGAUUUGUGGUUGCGUGUUUAUUUUCAUAUACUUCGUUUUGUUUGUGUUUAUUAUUAAAUCCAUUUUUAUAGCUGAUUCUUAGCUCUGAUAUAUAAUGCUAUAUACGCCUCUCGUACAGCAUUUUCCGUUCUCCCAACAAUAUUGAUAUCAUCAGCAUAAGCCAGGAUUUGCACUGGUUUAUUAGAUAUUAAACCAGUGGUUGUGAUUUGUGACAUACGUAUUACUUUUUCCAGAGUCAGAUUGAACAGUAUAUAGGAGAGAGGGUCUCCCUGGCAUAGCCCGUUAAUUGUUUUAAAAGGUUCAGACAGUUCCCCCUGAAUUCGUACUCUACAUUCAACUUUUUCAAGAGUUAGUUUUGCUAAACUUUACCAACUGAUAUGGUACUCCUAGCACGUUCAUUGCUUUGAACAUUUCUCUUCUAUUUACAGAGUCGUAGGCUGCUUUGUAGUCUAUAAAUAUGUGAUGAGUGUCAUUGCCAUAUUAUUCCAGUGUUUUUUUCCAAAAUUUGCCACCUCUGCAACGAGCCUAGUAUUUUCCUACUAUCUGUUCUACAUAUGGUGCCAUACGAUGACAUAGUACUGUGAAAAUCAUAUUUAACUCACAUAUAAAUGGUAGAAAAAUAUAACAUUUGGUUCACAUCUUUUUCCGUACCUCCAUAGGAGUAUUAAAAAUGUACAAUGUGACUUGUAUACAUCUUAGGCUGAAAAGUAUGCGUGGUUCGAUUAUGUAAGAUUUAACAAUUUUCAGAUGAUCAAUUUAUUUAUUCGAAAAUAAUGUGAACAAAACAAGUUGUAAACGUUUAAAUUGACCAAUCGAAUGAAAAUGCAAACUGGAUGAAUUUAUUUACCAAUGAUUAUACUUUAAAGCAAAGACAAAAUUAUAAACUUUAAAUUUAAUAAUCAAAUAAUGUUUUACUUUUAAUUAUUGAAAAGUGAAACAAAUAAAUGACACCGCCCUUUGUUCCCUUUUUUUACUAUAUUAACGUAAUCAUUCUGCAGAUUAUCUCAAAAAAUGACUAUAAAUAUGUCAUUUGGAACACCAAUUUUAGAUUGACAUUUUCCUGGGUGUCGCUUCCCCUCUCCAUGUACUUGAAUAAUCUCACAGCAGGAAAGAAAACCCGUAAAACUUCUGGGGCUGCGAUCUAUGGUCGCUAAAUUGUCCUCUCGUUAUCUUGGCCAUAUUUAAUUAAAUUAAAACCAUUACCAUACUUCUUAUUAGUAAAAUUGAUAUGCCUAUUACUGUUCAUUGUUUCAUAUGUUUGUUGUAUAUUGUAUACGUUUAUAAAAAUAUGAAUCUUACGUGGUUAGUUGAUGUUUAAAACUAGAGAUUAGAUACUUAACAAAUUUUUAUUUUUUGAAUAUUUCUAUAAUCUAAUCUGUAUAAUCAGCGUCCUAUAAUUUAGCUCAAUCUGACUUUUGUUAUAGUACUACAACAAGAGGCUUCUUACACAAGCACACUCCCAAGGUAUCUGCUAUCAAGAGCACGAUUACAAUGAUUUCCGCGUUAUAUGAAACGUUGAGUAUAACGUUUCAUAGAUCAAUAUCUGACGAAAGUGGUUGUUAAUUCAAGUUAGAGGCGCUUGCGCGAUCUGAAAACACUAGACCUAUGCUAGAAGAUUUCACGAACUUUAACCUUUAUUGUUCCACUCCCAACACAGUCAUGUAGUGUUAAGGACUAUCCCACAAAAGCCUUGGAUAGUGAAUAUAUUUACUGUGGUGAUUUAACGUAAUAAUAUGAUAAGUAAUAAGAUGCUCUUUUUUCUUACUAAUGUCUCAACUAACACUCCAUAAAAUACAAUUUGGAUGAUGAGAUAUCUGAGAAUAUAAUUACUAAAACAUGCAAUUAUUUUCCGUGAACGUUAUUGUAAAAACAGUUUUAUAAAUGUUAUUUUGAAACUUUCUUUUGGAUAUAUAAGUGAACAAUUGCUAAUAGGCGCCAUAUUCAAAGAACAUUGUGUUUUGAAAAUGUGGACACCUGAUAUAUAUGUAUUGGGAAUUAUCAUUUAGUUCAAUGUUUCUAAAACUUUUUAGUGCCAAUUUUUUUUAUCGAACUAAUAUAGUUUAUAUACCAAAUCAACGAUUUUUUUAAAUUUUAUUUUACAGUUCUUUUUCAGCGCAAAAUAAACGAAAUUUAUGGUAUCGGUCCAACUAGUAAUAGAAAAUUGGAAAAUAAUUUUUUGGUUUCACUAAUUAAUCCAUAAACCUCUUUACAAUUAUUGGCAUUUUAUUAUAACCACCUUAUACUAACCUAUGUAUUUGCUUAAAGAAUCCUUGGAAUAUGAGGUUUGUGCUUGUUUAGCAGUAAGAAUGCUCUCAAUUAAAUUUAUAAUCUAUAUAUAAGCCUAAAUAUUUUAUAUAAUUAGUUUUUGGUUAGUCCUCAUCAUCAAAGAUUUUUUGAUUUAGUUACAAUCUUUAGCAAUCAAAACACAAAUAAUGUUGUAUAAGCUAAUUUGUUGGCUUCAGAGCAAAGGGCUCUUAUUGGCUUGGUGAAGUCUUCACCAGUGACAAGACCACUUUAAUCGUUUCUCAGGUCAGCUGGCCAGUUCCUUUUGCGUUUUCUAUUGGCAUUAUGUUCUAUUAGAGAUUAAGGUAAGUGGUUACUGUGUCAUUCCAGUCCUUCAUGUUGCAGGCAUGUUCAUGUUCCAGGUCUUUAUAUCGGUUAUCGUUCGCAGUAUUUUCGAUUGGCUUCUUUGACUUAUGGUUGUAUUUUACUUGCUCGCACAUUCCCAGAGUUGUAUUCCUAUAUCAGAUUUUACAGGAAAAUUAUUGGAAUUACUUUAAUUCACUCUUGUUCAGAAUUCUCUCUCUCUAGUUCUGGUGAUCCAACUUUAAUUUUUUGAGAUCAUCUUGUAUUAGCUUUGGUUAAUUCCAAAAGCUACCGUCUUAAAAUAUGGGAUUUAUCGAUUUCAGACGUCCAAUAUAAAAUAUUUUUAAAUAAAAUUGGGGUUUAUCCCCAUUAAAUGUCUUAAAACUACAGAUUUACUUGUCACCUAACAAGUAGAUAUUUAGUUAAAAAUUUAAAAGAUUUUGGUAAAAAAGAUGCAACAGUGGGUAUUAAUGCAGUAAAAGAGUGAUAACAGUUUAGAGUAAUGCAAAUAAAAUUUUUUUAAAUGCUGUUGCAGUGCUUGUUCUCAUUUAUCUUGUUCCAGCAUGUUUGUCUUCAUACCAAGUCACCAUCUCAUAUAUCAGCAAGAUAUAAAACGUACAAAUGCGUUACUCUUACACAACUUGACGGUUUUAAUGGAAAAAAAAAUAAGAAUUUGUUAUAAAGAAUUAGAAAAAGUAGGUCAAGAAAAGUUAAAAAUAGAUUGUGUCAAGUUAUCAGUGUUUACUUAUAUAAUAAAUUUUCAUUUAAUAUCGAUCCAAAAAUUAUUAACUAUUUACUGAAAAUUAGAAACGGACUUUGUUUUUUUUUUAUUUAAACAAAAAUGAUCCUGCAUCAACUACUAAGAGUUGUUAGCAGGGGGUACAAACACAAAUUACAAGUAUUUAAUUUCUUACAAUGUAUAUAUGUAUAACUUAAAUAUAUUCUACUAAACACUGUAAAAUUUAAUGUCUUUCAAAUAUUUCAGCACUUGGUUGAACUGGUAGCUUAGUAGAUCCUUCAUGUUGGUAGAGAGGUUAUUUUUUCUUGUUUCUUGGGGGGUAUGUUUUGCAUUCUAACAGAAUAUGUUUCACAGUGAUUUGGAUCUUGCAGUUGUGACAGAAAGGGAUGGCGUCUUUAUUUAUUAAGUGAAUAUGGGUUGGUAUAGUAUGUCCUAAUCGUAGUCGAGUUAUUAUCACUUGUUCACAACGUUUGAGUGGGAGUGGUAAGAUGGUGCCGACAGUUUCUAUAACAUUUUUAAUUUGUUAUGUGGAAUGAGAGUUAUACUGCGAUAAGUUGGUAAUAUGUUUUUUAAUAGAGGUUUUAUAGUCGUUUCUUGUUAUCUUGUGUGACACAGGGAUGCUUUCAUUUAGUGCAGCUUCAUUCGCAAGUUGGUCCACUGCUUCGUUUCCCUUGAUUCCCACGUGUGAUGGCACCCAUAAAAAAGUUAUUUGUAUGUUUUUUGUUGAUAGUAGUAUGAGUUCAUUUUUUAUUAGCAUUAUAAUUUCAUUUGAUGGAUACAAUUGCUGUAAAGCUUUUAGUGUACUUAAUGAGUCGGAUAUUAUAAUAUAAUGAGGUGCGGAUUUUCUUUUGUCCAAGAGAACGUGGACUAGAGUUAUAACCGUUAGCUCUUACUUUUGUAUAAUAAAUAUACAUAUACAUAAUAUAUAUAAUGUAUAAUAAAUUUUGUAUAAAAGCUAGUGUGUGACCCUCAAUUUCAAAUUUUUGUGGUGUUUUUAAGAUGUUAUAUUUCCAUGCAGUGUCGAAAGCUUUAUUGAUAUCAAUAAAAACAGCUAAUAAUUUUUGAUUGUGUAGAAAUGCUUCAUUAAUUUCAGACUCAAGCGAUACUAAGUUGUCGGUAGUGAAUCUGCCUUUACGACUUUACGUUUUUGUUGUUAAAUAUUCUAAUAUUUUCUAUUCGAUACAAACUAAAAAUACCAAACAUUGUAACUGGGUUUAUUGACUCUAUAAGUGAAACUUCUUCAAAAUAUCUCAGGACUAAUGAAUAUUUUUUAACGUAUUGCUUACAAUAAUAUAGUUAAGUACCUAUUCAUCGAAUAUUAACUUCAAUGUUAACAUUGAUGUUGCAAGUUAAAAUAAAGCCUACUAAGGAAGACGAAUUUGUUAAAGUAGGUAAUAAUGUGCUUGGUCAGAAACAUUUCAUUAUGAAAACAAGAUUUAAAUGUUCAUUAAAUUCAUCAUAAUUAGAAAAUAAAUAAAGUAAAAAGUGAAAGAAAAAUUAAACUUAGCACUACGCCACUAUUUUCUCUUUGUUUAUAAUUUCAUCAUCUUCUAUUGGUAUUUGAAUAAUCUUAAUUAUACAAUAUAUAAUUGUAUUAUUAUCAUGUUUCAACAGCCUCAAACAACGGAAUAGCUAUAAACCAUUGAUUGAUGUAAAUUUAUUUCAUACUAAUGCCAAUCUUCCUCACGUCCUCAGAUAUACAAUCCUUCUACAUCAAUCUUGGCCUGUCACUACUCCUAUUUCCCACGGGAAAUGUAAGUUUAUUUAGGAUAGUUUCCAUUUACUCUUCACAGGUGUCCUGCCCAUCUCGGUCUACCUCUUUUUAUCAAGGAUAUUACAUCAUUGCCUUGCAAUCUACGUUUAAGGAAAAGCUUUAGAGAAAGUACGCAGAAGACUUGCCAGCUUUGAGAUGUGGUGUUAUCGAACAAUGUGGAAAAUAUCAUGGACACACCCAGUAAAAAAACGGAAACAUUAAGAAAGAUGAAAACAGAAAAAAAAUACUCAACACUAUAAAGUAGAGAGCUACUUUUGUCACAUACUAAGAAAUGAAAAAUAUAAGUUGAUGCGAUUGGUUUACAAGGGAAAGUAGAAGGAAAAAGAGGACCGAGGAGACGACGCAUUUCCUGGUUGAAGGAGUGGAAAAACAACAAUAGAACUCUUCAGAACUGCUGCAGACAGAGUGAAACGGUCUGUGAUGAUCGCCAAUGUCUUUAAAGGAUGAGUCACACAAAGAAGAAGAAUCCAUCUGCUAUAUAUUUACAUAUUUUAUGUAUCUAAAGUCAUAUCGCCUUCUCCAGACAUCCUUUUCACAAGUCUUAGAUUCGAAGAUGAGUUUGCAUUUGUUUUAGAAAUAGUCAAUGUUUCCCACUCAUGUAUCAGCAGUGAUACAAUGAUUGCCAUAUUCUUAGUUUGGUUUUUUAACGUGACGUCGUAUUGUUACUCUCAAUCACAUUCCUUGAAAAAUAUUUGUUUUGGAUCGUCUCAACAGAUAUUUUUUAAAUAUCAAGAAUACUAUUAUUGUAUAGUGUAAUGCAACGAAGAAAUUAAUGUUUUCUUAUAAACUGUGAGAAAACUAUGUGUAUUUAUUUAGGUAAAUUUGGAGUAUCAUUGCUAACUGUAAGUCAUGGAGUCAAGUUUUGGUCAUAUUUGUAGUUCUCUCGUAUGAACUGUUGACAUAUAUUUAUCUUUGUUCGCCAUAUUGCUCUUUGACUAACGGUAGUGACUACUAUUUUUUCUUUUUACAAAAUUCGGGAGUUUUUAUAGUGGAAUGUUUUUCUGUUUGAAUACAAAGCUUGGUUACCAGAGUACUUAUUUUUAGCUUAAAAACCCAGUGACUUAACACACUACCAUUAAAUUAAGGAAUUGACGUAUAACUUGGAAUAAAUUUGAAGCUUUUGUGUAUUUGACUAUUAUGUGUAAGCUUUUAGAUAGCUUCAUAGUUAAUAGAAUGCAUCUCCUGAGUAUUUGAGAAAGCAAAUUACUGCCAUCUAAAGUGUAAGUUAAUCUAUUUAUUGAUACAUUAGGUUUUUAUACGUUAAGCCUAGUCCUGCAAGAUAAAUUUAAAACGCAAUAUUUAUUGUAGCAUUUAUAAAAUGUCUUUUUUAUUUGAUUUUAAAAAUGUUGCAUAUGUUUAUGAAAAUAUAAAUAAAAAUUCUUUAUUUAUUGCUGUACUAUUUUAAUAAUAAAAAUUUUUAACUUUGUUACCAUCUUUGAUUUUUAUAAAAUCCAAAUCAGCAAAUAAAAUGUCUUUA